AUGAGGAGUGAAAAUGAAAAGAAUGUUGAUGAUUUGUUUAAAAGUGCAAAAAAUGGUGAGGAAGAUAAUAAAGAAGUAUUUGAAGAGAAGAAAAGUUUAUUUUCUUUUGUUAAAGCUAAAGAAGAAAGAAAUGAGGAGGAGGAAGAAAAUAAUGGAGAAGAAAAAGAUUGGGUAAUAAAUAAAGGAUUUGGAAGAAGAGAGGAAGAAGAGGAGGAGAGGAGAAAAGAAAUAAGAGAAGAUGGAAGUCAAUCAAAUUUAUUUAAUAAUUUUUAUGAAAAUAAUAAUUGGAAUAAUAAUAAUGAUGGUCAAUUUAAAUUUUGGCAAUGGAAAGAAAAUUAUAUGCCAAAAAUGGGUGGUGGAAGAUGGUGGGAAAUGUGGGGAAGGGAAGAAAAUGAUGGAGAAGAAAGUAAUAAUAAAGUAUUUAAUUGGAAUGGAUUAAUGGAAAAUAAAUGGAAAAUAGGUAAAUAA